AUGGACACCCCAACCCCAACCCGCCCACGCGCCCUCAGCCAAGCGAGCAUCCAAUACUCCAUCGACGCCGCCGCGCUCUACGGCUCCGCAAGCGACAGCAGCGCGCUAGAUAUACCGCUUCCAGGCGAAGACGAGGACGUUGAUCUGAUUAGGACGGAAGACAUCGAUGGCCCCAGCGACUUCACGCAGAACAUGGGAUACUGGAUGCGCACGAAGCUGCCAGUGCCGACAGUAACGGAGCCAGGGAAGCUGGAGGAUGAGACGGUUGAGAGGGACUUGGAGGAGUGGGUUGAGAGUGAUAGUAGUGCGGGGGAAAUCGGGCAGGGGUUCGAAAAUGAAGAGCGAGAGGAUGGGUAUGACGAGGGCAACGAAGAGAGGGGGGAAGAAAUGGGAGAGCAAACCCUCGACGAGGAAGAGGACGAGCAGUCAGAAGGACGCGUCGGAGAAGAGGAAGUCACGGACGAGGAACCAGCGAACAUGCCCUCUACUCGGAGUACGUCCAACGGCGCGCUCAUGCAGAACUUGAACGAUUCCCUCUUCGCGCCUACUGGGAAGAAUGGGACCACAGCUACAGCAGACGACGACGCGAACUACUUUUCUUCGUCUCAAGUCCUGCCAGACCGCUCAGAAAGCGCUCCAUCGUCUCCUUCGGCAACUCUUGGAAAUGCGUCCAGGCCAACCUCAGCGGCUACGACGGCACGCACACUCCAGCCUACCGUUGAGGACUACGAGGACACACCGCGGAAAGUCACUCCAGUAGAUCAGGGGUCGGUCCGAAGCGAUGAUAGACGUGCAAGCCGUCAACACCAGACUGAUACAAAUCAGAUUGAGGAGCUACAGCAGCAGCUAUCUCGUCAGAAGGAGCAGUCAGACGCACGAGUCGCCGAGCUAGAAAACCUCCUAGCAGCUGCUCGCACUCAGAAUGAAAAACUGAAUGGCAGCUGGACGAAAGCCAUGCAGAACGCAAGAGCGGAGCACGAGCAGACGCUGGAUUCUCAAUACGUCGCAUCCGCAUCCGAAGUGGAAGGGCUGAAGGCGGAGAUUGAGCAACUGGGAAACGCAUUCGAAGAAUACGAGAAGGACGCCGAGGAGCGCCUGACGACAGCGGAGCAAGCGCAUGUCGAAGCUCUUACGGCAGCGAGAAAAGAUCACGAGACCGUUGUCCAAGACCUACGUACUCAGCUAGAACACGCCGAGAGUAAGGCAACCGAGGCCAAUAACGUCCAAGAAAAGAUACUCCAAGAGAUCCAGACACAGCAUCAGCAGGAGCUGGUACGACAACGUGACUAUCUCACAAGACAAACGCAGAUAGCUUCGGCUGAGAUCGAACGGCUGAAAGCACGCAACGCAGAGCUCGAAGAGGAACUUACGACCAAGGACGCUGAGCUAGAGAGGCUCCGAGCAGCUCAGUCAUCAGCCACGAAAGCCCAUAAAGCAGAACUAAACACACUUCGAGAAUCCCUUACGGACGAUCUCGACUCGCUCAAGUCUGACUUAGAGCAAGCCAAUACCAGGCUAUCCGCCUCGAAGCAGCUCCAAGCCGCACAAAACACCCAUGCCGAGGAGCUCGAACAGCAGCGUGACGACUACGAACAGCAGAUUCAAGAUCUCCGAUCCACAAGUUCAAGCCUUCGCACCCAGCUUCAUGCAGAACACCGAGAGGCCCUCGAAGAAGCAAGACAACAGCAUGAAAACGAGAUUGAGGAGCGGAACUCGGCUUACCUGGGCCAGAUCAAGAGGCUGAAAGAGCAGGUUACAAGUCUGCAACAACAGCUCGAAGAAGCAUGCUCCGAGAACGACGCAUCUCACUCCGCUACCCGCAAAUCCCAUGAGGCGGAGCUGGCGCAAUUGAAGGCCACUUCAGAAGCCCGAAUCGCGGAUCUCGAGCACCGCCUAUCAACAGCGCAGCAGCAGCGCGACGAAGCGCUCACGCAACUCUCAGCAAAAGACCAACAUCCCACAGCCCAGCCCCCCACCCCCUCCUUCCCACCAUCCACUAUCCCAGACCCCCGCAUCGCGACCCUAGAAGCCAGCCUCACCUCCCUGCGCCAACACCUAGAUAGCGCCCGCCUCGACCUCUCCCGAGCGCGUGACGACCGCCGCGACGCCGAGCAAGAGGCGGCGAACGCACGGCAACAAACCAAAGCCCUACGCACAGAAGCCGACGCCCAAGCCGCAGCCCUCUGGGCAAAAGAAAACGAGUUGCACGACCUGCGCGACAAGCUCGCGGACCAGCGGAGCGAGGCGUGGGCGCGGGUUGAGGCGCUGCAGGUGCAGAUGGAGGGGCUAAGGGAGGGACAUGAAGCGAAGAUUGAAGAAAUGAGGGCGAAGGCUGAGGAGGCGGUUAAGAGGAUUGGGGGAUUGCUUGAGGGGGAGAGGAAGGCGGGUGAGGAGGCGAGGAAGGUGGCGAUGCGGUUGUCUGCGGCCCUGGAGCAAUCGGCUGAACGGGUCAGGGAGCUGGAAGCUGAGCGCGAGGCGCUGAGAAAUGAUACCCAGCUGCUGAGGGCAGAUGUGGAGGCUGCGGAGGCGGAGGCGAGGGCGGCGAGAGAGGAGGCGGAGGUGCUGAGGGGGGAUUAUGAGAGUGUUAACAGGGAGAUGGAUGAGCGGAUUGUGGAGCUGAUUAGGACGAAGGAGAAGGAAUGGGCGGCCCGUUUUGAAAAGCUGUGGAAGGAGAGGAAGAUGAUGGGAAAGGCGCUGAUGCAUGAGUGGGGAAAGGAGGAAUGCGGAGUGAAGGAUCCGCAGGCGUACAGGUAUAAGUAUGUGGAGAAGGCGUGA